AAUAGGUCUCAAUUCCGCUUAUAUAAGUUUCAAACUCUUUCCUAAUUAGCACCAAGUAUAUCAGACUCUCAAAUGCCAUAGUAAUUGUGAGCAAAGAAAUAUCCAAGAAAUUAAAAGCCCAGAAUGAGGACAGCCAUUGUUCUCCUUCUCUUCCUCUCUGUUGCAACAUUUCUCACCAAUUCAUCAUGGCUUGCUCUUCCUCCUCUUCUUCUCUUCAUGGGGCUUGCUUUCUAUUGGUUCAAUACCAUGUGGAUUCAGCCACAGAGGCUGAGAUGGAAGAUUCAGAGGCAAGGAAUCAAAGGGCCCAAGCCUUCUCUUCUGUAUGGGAAUAUCCCAGAAAUGCAGAGAAUCCAAGCUGCUGCUGCUGCAACUUCCAUGAAAGCUUCAAGCUAUGGUGAAUUUGUGGAGCACGAUUACACUGCCAAGCUCUUCCCCUAAUUUGAACAAUGGCGAAAAGAAUAUGUCAUCCGCAUAGAAUCGUCGGAGCUGGUAGGAGGAGAAUGUGAAGCGGCGGACUCUGCAGCUGCUCUGGAUAACUCGACUCCUCUGCUACGCCACACAUCCGAGCUCCAAAAAUGUCUCUUCUUCUGUUGCUAAAAACAUCCUCCGCAAUUGUAGCGUUUUUCAGAGCUUGCAACUUUCUCAUUUUCACCUUUUAACUCACAUCUUUAAUGAUUCAAUUAAUUGAAUGUUCAGGUUUAUAUAUGUAACACUUGAGAUUUAAUAUAAAUGGAUUAAUAGUACUACUCAUACCAACAAGAUGCAUCUCCUUUUAAGGGAGCUCAUCUGUCAAGAACUCCAAAAUUAAGCAUGCUUGCAUGGGAGUAGUCUUGGGAUGAGUGACCACCUGGGAAGUUUUUCAGGGCGCGCACGAGUGAGGACAAAGUGCGCGGAAAAGGCUAGUGGCGGUUUGUGAGGACAGUACUCGAGGUCUGAAGUAACUACCUCGGGACCUACGGGCCCAGGGUGUUACAGGUGGUAUCAGAGCAACCCUGCGACAGUGUGCUGAUCCAUUGGAUAUCGGACAGACACUUAGCAGGGGAAAAGAUUUUAGGAUUUGAUUGAGAUUUGAGAUUGGUUUAUGGGCGCAACGAGGACGUUGCGAUCCUAAGUGAGGGUGAUUGUAACACUUGAGAUUUAAUAUAAAUGGAUUAAUAGUACUACUCAUACCAACAAGAUGCUUCUCCUUUUAAGGGAGCUCAUCUGCCAAGAACUCCAAAGUUAAGCGUGCUUGCAUGUGAGUAGUCUUGGGAUGGGUGACCCCCUGGGAAGUUUCUCAGGGCACGCACGAGUGAGGACAAAGUGCGUGGAAAAGGCUAGUGGCGGUUUGUGAGGACAGUACUAGAGGUCCCGAGUAACUACCUCGGGACCUACGGGUCCGGGGUGUUACAAUAUAUUUAUACCGAGCACUUUUAGAAAUGAGUUUUAUUUUAAACUCAAAUGAGUUAAACGCCUAAAAAAAUGAACAAACAUAAAUGAGCUUUUGAACUUUUGAAUACCCAUUUUGUAAGUUAUGUAUGUCCAUUUAGUACCUUUGUUAUGCUUAUUUAAAAAUGUUAUAUCAAUGCAUAUUUCAAAAGUCUCAUAUUACAUUAGAUUCAUAUAGAAGUUUGGUCCUCCUACUCCAUGUAUAUUUCUUUGUUUAAUAAAUAGGUGGGGUUUUACCUGGCCCUCACCCCAAAACUCUAAAAAAAAAUAGACAUGAGACCACAAAUCAUGAUACUCAAUCGCACGAUUCUAACACUCAAUAGCAAAGGUUAGAUGCUCACUGAAAAUGUCUCGAUGCUCAACUAACAAAACUUACAAUUGUCACAUCGAAGCCACAAAUGGUUAAAUUUAGGAUAUUCUUUCUUUAUGUGAGUUUUUCUACUCGAACUCUCAACUUCGCUCCUAUAGCAACUUUCACCUUCAAUAACAGAGACAUUUCGUAUUUAAUAUUGCGAUUUGGGAAAGUAUUUUACUGUUAAUAACUAAUUGGUUCUGGUAUAGCUCAUGUAAGAAUUUAUUAUAACUAUAGGAUAUUCCUUUUUCAUGACUUACUGCAUUUAGUCGAGUGAUCCACAAACGACGAAAAUCUCUCUUUUGUAUAUCCCUACCCCGAGCAGCUAACACAUCCAACAAUAAAUUGAAUGAUCAAAUUACUCCGAAUUAUAGAGCUACGACACAAUCAAACCCAAACGAACAAAACGUUGAAAGAAAAAAUAACAAAAAGAAAUAUUGUAAUGGAACAUUUUGAAAUUCAAAUCCAAACUAACAAAUCUUAUGAUUUUCAUAUCAAUGAACAUUUUGUAAGUUACAUAUGCUUAUUUGGUACUGAUGUUAUGCUCAUUUAAAUGUCAAUAAUGUCAUAUCAUUGCAUAUUUCAAAAGUAUCAUAUUACAUUAAAUUCGCAUUUUGACAUUCAUAAGAGUGUAUUAUAGAUAUAAUUUAGUCAAGCAUUCCAGCCCAGCUGGUUGUGAGGUUAUCGUGCCUAGUGGGAGGUCUCGAGUUCAAAACCUGCUAGGCACAUAAGGGUUCGAAACUCCAUGGAGUGAGUUCCAGCAUAGAUUACUCUAGGCCCCCAGCCCCUCUCCCCAGACCCCCCCUGGAGUAAAAAAAAAACAAAACAAAAUGUUUUUAUAAAAGAAAAAAUAAGAAAAAAACUAAAUUAGAAGAUAUGAAGCAGAGACCGUGAUGCUCAUUGUUAGCCUCCUAAUACUCAAUAAAAUAGGUCAAAUGCUCACUAAAAAGUACACUAAUGCUCAUUUAGCGAAAGCUGUGAUUUUUCACUUAAAUUACAAAAAUGCCGCCGAUUUUUUUUGGACUGUAUUAGUUAAUGGAUUGUCUUAGUUGAGAUGGAUGUACGUACACCCAGAUCACCCAGAUGUAGGAUAUAGGACUUCACACAUCGUCCCCAUGUCACUACCACAUUAUCUAGAUAUUUUUAUUUUUAUUUAUUUCACACAUUAUUUUUUAGGUUAUUCCUGGAAUAUUAUAAAAAUAAAAUUAUGGACGAAAAUGUUAAUAAAAUUACUAGGAAAAACUGUGCUUUAUAAUCAGAUCACUAUGACGCAUAAAUUGAACAUAUAAUACUAAUUAAAAAAGUUAUUAAAUCACACUUUUAUUUUAUAUCCUUUAAUAGAUGCUUGGUGUACAUUUUGUGUGUGUAUACUUUUGGCACACUUGUCUAUCUACACAAACAAGUGCUAUAUUUCAUUAUGAAUUGUCUUUAUACACUAAAAAGUGUGCCAAAAGUGCACACAAAGAGUGUACAUCAAGCUCGGCUUUUUCAAUUUUUCUUUUCCGUGCGUCGCAAAAUAAUCUUCACUUUCUUUUUUUGGCAACCAAUUUGUGGUUCACAGUUAUUCUUACACAUUUCUUAAUUUUCGUGCCAAAUGUACUUUUUAAUGGCGUGCCAAAUGUAAUUUGAAAAAUAAUUUAGGAACAGAGGGAGCAUUUAACAUUUUUUCUUUUUAUAAUCUUGUGAAAAUUAAGUUGUAAUUGAAAAAUUAAUUAGUUGAUAGAAAAGUGACCUUUCAUACUAUAGUUACUACAAUAGAAACUUUAGUUGUGAGGAAGUGGACCAACUCAAUUUCGCCGACUCAUUCUUCCUUGUGGGAGGUCUUGAGUUCGAAAUUUCAUAAAGGCAGUUGUAGCCAUGUUCACUCCAACCCUCGACCCCCUGACUAAAAAAUACUAGUAGUAAUUUUAGUGAUCAUGAUUAUUUUUAGUAUUACAUUAUAAUGACCAUGAUGAUUCCACACUUAUAGUUACUUUAGUUACAUUUUCGUUCAUAUGUUUCAUUUCAGUAAUAUUUAAGGAAAAACUUAUUACGGAGUAUUAGAAAAACUAAGAGUGUCAAGUACCUUGUGAUUUGAUGGCAUUUUCUUCUGAAGUGAAGGUCACAUGUUUGAGUCUCAUUCAAAUCAAAGGUGUUGAUAUUAUCUUGAGCGGAUAUUUUUUUUAGAAUGAUGUACUAUCUCUGUCCCUGAAUUAUCUUCCCAAAUUUCUUCGUCCAUCCAAAAAUGAUCUCCUGUUUCCCUUUUAACCAAGAAUUUGUGGUUCAUAACAUUACAUAUUUCUCUCCCUUCUCCACAAAUCUCCAUCACACAAUUCCCAUUUUCUUAAUUUGUGUGCAAAAAUGUACUUUGAAAGAUAAUUUAGAGACGGAGGGAGUACAAAAAACAGAGUAGUAAACUCUUUAGGAAAAGUAAUCCAUAAAUCACAACGUGAGGAAAUGUAGACAAGUGUUCACGUGUAGAGAAAAUUCCUUAAAUAGAGUAAAAUAUAGACAAGUGUACAAAUGGUACCAUUUUUUUCUAAACAAGACUUAUUCACUCCUAAUUUGAAAAGUUAUGUGUUUUCAUAAAUUUGAAAUCGCUUAAAUAGGAAUAAAUUGUAAAACAUACUUCGUAUGUAAUGUUCAAAAUUAGGACUAAGUAUAUUUUCUACCCUAAGUAGAAAAUAAGGAAAACUGUCCUAAGUAGAAGUAAACGAGCUUAAUUUGGAACUCCAAUUUAGAAUUGUUGGGUUUUUCUUCCAAAAAUAGGAGUCGUUACUGACGUGAUGGACAAAUAGUACUCCGUACCAUUAAUGGCGAGAAAUACUGUCAUGUUAAUGUCUAGUAAUCCAACUAUUUUGACAAUAAUGACUCCAAAAUGUCAGUAUAUACUAUAAUGUUACUUCUAUUUCUAGAAGAAAAACAUAUAACAGUCCUAUUUUCGAAUUUCAAAAUUUGUUUACUCUUAUUUCGGGAGCUUCCCAAGAAAAUAAUGCAAAUCUUUUUUGAGAAAUUAAAACUUGCAAUGUUUUUGAAACAAAAUCGCUUAUAUUGACAUCAUUAGUAGCGCCUCUCAUCCAUUCCAAUAACUAAUUUAAAAGACAACACAUAAUCUAUGUUUAACAAAAGAAGAUGAUUGAAUAAGACUAGAUUAUAAGUUAGUACCUUGUACGUUGGUGUGAUUAUGAUUAUCAUCAUCAGGUUACAUUUUGUAUUUUUUAUGGUGUGCUUGUAACAGGUUGCAUAUAUACAUAUUCCACGGGAAGCAAACAACAUUUGUAUGUGAACAAUGCAGACAUGGUGAAAGAGAUGAACCAAAUCAAUAGCUCGGCAUUAGGGAAGCCUUCUUAUGUCACCAAGAGACUCUCUCCUCUGCUUGGGAAUGGCCUGCUGAGGUCAAAUGGCCAUUUAUGGUUACUUCAGAGAAAAAUUAUUGCACCAGAAUUCUUCAUGGACAAAGUCAAGCAUCGAGUGUACUUGAUGUUGGAAUCGGCAGAAGAGAUGGUUAGGAAAUGGGAUAACAUUGUUGAUGCUCAAGGAGGAGUAAUUGCAGAGAUUGUAGUGGACGAGGAUAUGAGGAACCUUUCAGGAGAUGUAAUUUCCAAGGCUUGCUUUGGAAGAUCUUAUCACCAAGGCAAACAGAUUUUUUCAAAGCUUAGAACUUUGAAAAAUAUCAUUUCAUCACACAGUUACCUCUUUGGUUUCCCUACAUUAUUAGGAAAGAACAAAGGCAUUGCCAGUUUGGAGUUGGAAAUAGAUUCCUUGAUAUGGAAAGCGGUGAAGGAAAGAGAUUCAUCUUCAUUAGAGAAGGACCUUUUGCAAUGCUUACUAGAAGCCGCCAUUAAUGAUGAGAGUAUGGACGAGGAUUCAUCAAGAAAGUUCAUAGUUGAUAAUUGCAAGAACAUAUACUUUGCAGGGCACGAGGCCACCGCAGUGGCUGCAUCUUGGUGCCUCAUGCUUUUAGCUCUUCACCCGGAUUGGCAAUCUCUCAUACGUCAAGAGAUUGACCAGCUUUGCCAAAGCAAUCCACUAGAUGGAGACUCAAUCUCAAAAAUGAAGGUGGUGACAAUGGUGAUCCAAGAAGUUCUUCGUUUGUACCCACCAGGUGCAUUUGUGUCCCGAGAAGCCCUACAUGAAACAAAGAUAGGGCACAUUGUGGUGCCUAAAGGGGUGUGUUUGUGGUCAUUGAUCCCAACAUUGCAUCGGGACCCGAAGAUAUGGGGCCCCAAUGCGAACAAGUUUAAACCGGACCGGUUCGCUAAUGGGGUAUCUAGUGCAUGUAAAAUGCCUCAAGUGUAUCUACCUUUCGGGUUAGGUCCUCGUCUUUGUGUAGGGCGGAACUUUGCCAUGUUUCAGCUCAAAGUUGUGAUAUGUGUUAUCAUCUCCAAGUUCUCAUUUUCGCUUUCCCCAAAGUAUAAACAUUCCCCGGCCUUUAGAAUGAUUGUAGAGCCCGGGGAGGGAGUUCAUAUUCUCAUUGAGAGGUUGAAGGAGGGUUGAAAUUCUUUGCACUUAGUUUGCCAAAGAUGAGAUGUAUCCGAUAAAAUAAAGUUGGGGUGAUUGAGUCCUAGUUCAGGGGUACUUUUUAUUAGAUUUUAUGUAUCUUAUAAUAAUUUAAUUAUGAUGAAGCGGUCCAGCUCACUGAGUGCCGACUCACUGUCCCAUAUGGGGGUCCCAUUUUCCAAUCUCCCCCAACCUCCUCCUAAGAGUACAAAAGAAUAAUAAUCUUAUUUUAAGAAUCUCUUAAUGCAUGAGGCUUAUGUUGAUGU